UUUACCUUUUUCCAUGCGAGUUGCCAUCUUUGGUUGAAUGUAGUCUAUGGUUCGAAGAUCGAUGCCACGACGAUGGUGAAUAUCGGCGUGUUUAUAGCUUCUCCCGCGCAAAAAUAUUAAAAUCCUUUGUACACAAAAGUCACUGUCAAGAAGACGGGAAGCAAAUACUGGUUUCUCGGUAACUGUACGCCAGUCGGGGAACAGCAAUGGCUACGAUAGAGGUGACGUUCCCUUCUGAAGGCCAGCAAGCGAGAAUUAUUAAGUGGCGAGUAGGAAAAGGUACGAUGGUAUCUGCGGGGCGGGUGUUGCUUUUAUACGAUUGCAUUGCGUCGGAAAACGACGAUGUCAGAGGUCCAGAGAAGAAGCUCCGGGCUACGCAAUUUGGCCGAGUUACCAAGCUUUUAGCCAAAGAGGGCGACAUUUUACAACCGGGGCAGGUCAUAUUAACUCUAGAAGGGUGUACACAUCCUACAGUGAUGAAAGACUUAUGUGCAGAAUGUGGUAUAGACCUCAGAGAAGACAGCGGAGGAAAGGAUGGUGAAAAGGGGAUGAUUUCUCAAGCAAGUGUUCCAAUGGUUCAUAGCAUUCCUGAACUUAAAGUAUGUCCCGAAUUGGCUGAAAAAAUUGGCAAACAAGACGAGGAAAGGCUAUUGCAAGACAGAAAAUUGGCACUGUUGGUAGAUCUUGACCAGACGAUUGUUCAUACGACUAAUGAUAAUAUCCCCCCAAAUAUGAAGGAUGUAUACCAUUACCAAUUGUAUGGUCCAAAUUCCCCAUGGUACCAUACGCGUCUUAGGCCGAAUACUCAUCAUUUUCUUUCUAAGAUGAGCCACCUCUAUGAACUGCACAUUUGUACAUUUGGAGCACGAAAUUAUGCGCAUAUGGUAGCUUCGUUACUGGAUAGGGAUGGCGUUUUAUUUUCCCACAGAAUACUUUCUCGAGAUGAAUGCUUUGACCCAGCAUCCAAAACUGCUAAUCUUAAAGCAUUAUUUCCUUGUGGAGAUGACAUGGUGUGUAUCAUAGACGACCGUGAAGAUGUUUGGCAAGGUUGUGGAAAUUUGGUCCAAGUUAAACCGUAUCACUUUUUCCGACAUACUGGGGAUAUUCAUGCACCUCCAGGAUUGGGAAAAUAUGACCCACCUACAUCACCGUCAUUGGAUUCACAGUACACUGAAAAAGAUUAUGAAUCGAAAAAUCCUGAAAAUGGUGUACUGGAAGAAAGUAAUGAUGAAACUAACAAGGAAGAUAAAGGUACAAAUGAUGGAAAAAAAGAUUUAGAGAAUAAAAAUGAAGAUGGCAGUGGAGAUAAAGAAAUGCCUAAAGGGAAUAUAUCAGAGAAGGAAUCUGAUAAAAAUGUUGCAUUGAAAUUGGAGAAAGAUGAAACAUUAGGCACUAAGAAUGAAGAAACAGAAACAGAAAGAGAGAAAGAUGAAACGCUAGAAACAAAUAAAGAUAGCAUACCAGAAGUAAAAAAAGAUGUAGCAGAUACUGAAAGUUCAAAAGAGAAUGAAACCGAAAUAGGGGAAAAGAAAGAGGAUGAUACAAAACCAAAAUUUAUAGAACAUGAAGAUCAAGACGAUUAUUUAUUAUACUUGGAAGACAUUCUUCGCAGGAUACAUAAUGAAUUUUAUCACUGUUUAGAUGCGGGGUCAAGGAAACCUCUUAGAGAUAUUAUACCACGCGUGCGAGGACAGGUGCUGAAAGGAUUACACCUUACUUUCAGUGGACUAAUACCUACACAUCAAAAACUUGAACAGAACCGUGCUUAUAAAGUAGCUAGAGCACUUGGGGCUGAAGUAAAUGAUGAUUUAGUGGAAGGAACUACGCAUUUAGUAGCAAUUAGACCAGGAACCGCGAAGGUAAAUUCAGCCAAGAGAAAUGGGAAAAUAAAAAUCGUGAACCCUGAUUGGCUUUGGACAUGUGCCGAACGUUGGGAACGAGUUGAUGAACGGUUAUUUCCGCUGAAUACCAAGGCACCUGGAUCCAGGAUACCACCGCCACACUGCAGCAAUCCAAAGCGUGCAGACGAAGAGAGCAAGAAAAGGUGCGACAGCUUUGCAGAUAGUAUCAAUCCUUUAAUGUCUUUUACUCAAGAAGAAAUUGCUAAUAUGGAUAAAGAAGUAGAAGAAGACAUGAGUGACCAAGAAAUGAUGGAUCCAGAUCUGGAGACAGAAGACACGGAAAUAGAAGGUUUAAGUUAUAAGCGAGAUCAUUCUAGUAGUUCUGAUUCACUCGAUUCCAAUGACUCCCAAGGAGAGAUAAGCCCCACGAAAAAAAGAAGAACAGGGGAUGACAGUUCAAUAGACGACAGUUCAUCUUCACAAGGACAUAUAAGGGAUGUUGAUGAUUUAGAUGAUGAUGAUGACGAUCCUGCAACACGCUUUAGAAGAGGAGAGGAUUUGCCCGAUGACCUCGAUCUUGGUGAUAAUUCACAAGAUUCUGUGGAUGUUGAUGUGUUAGAUAACGAUGAUAAUGAAGAUGACCGAGAAUGGAAUGCCAUGGGAGCAGCUCUCGAAAGAGAAUUUCUGUCGGAUUGAUCGAACUACUUGUAUUUUUUUUUUUUUUAAUUAUAUUAGACCACGCGUCUCAAAUAAUUUAUAGAUUUAGAACUCGGCGACUGAUUUUAGAUACGUCAAAUCAACUUGAACAAUAUAUUUAUACAAUUUCGAUUAAAUGCAGAGUAAAAUGCUACAUUGAAAUGAAAUAUUUCCGAGAAGAGAAAUCACUUCUCCGCUGUGGAUACAAUUUGUAUAAAUACACCAAAUUUUUCAAUUAAAUGGCUUACAUUUAUGUGGAAA